AGAGAACAUUUCUUUGAUCACUCAGACAUGCUUUGAUCAUUGCCUUUCUAUACUUUUUCUACCCUUCUUUUUGGACACUUAUUAUUUAAAUGAAGCAACUUCCUUCUUAGACCACUAGUCAGUAUAAGUUCUUUGAAAAGGUCAUCUCAGAAGUUCUCAAGAAAUUGAAGAUUUGACUACAUUAGAAGGAUUGCAAUAACCAAAUUUUUUGAAAAGGUAAGCAAUUGUUCAAGUUUUUUGUAUUCCUCAGGAAAAUCCAAUUUUAGUUGCAUUAGAAAUUGUGCAAUAAACGAAUUUAUUGGAUAUGUUCUGUUUCUGGCUAGCUUAAAACCUAUUAGGUAUACAGGAAAAAAGGCCUGUUAGAGUUUAAUCUUAAGUCUGGAAUAUGAAGAAAGGAAAAGAACUCGGAGGGUACAUCACUUGAAGAUUGGAGUCAUUAAUUGGCUGAAGAAACAGGCGUUGCUGGUCAGAAACGUCAUCUAGAAGGGGAAGAAGACUUUGGGAGUCUUGGUAGAAGUCUUUGCUGAUUGAGUGAUCAGUUGCCUUUUCUUUAGUCUUUCCCCAACUAACACCAUAAUUUAAUUCUUGAGAAAACCCCAUUUCCUAAAGUCUACCAAAAAUCUUCAAUCUUUACUGUCCAAUAAUAGUACUAUUCGAGACUUUUUCUAUUUCUGCUUAAUUUCCUUGUCAUUCCAGCUUCACAGAUUCGAAACAAAAAAAUUCCAAGAAGAAUUCCACUGAAUCUCAGCGUCAUUCCUCUUGAUUCUUUGUUUAUAUUUGGAGUACCUGGAACCCUCUUAAGCUACAUCAAACCCCAUUGAUCUGCCUUCCUGAAAACAAUUCCCCAAAGGGCAUAAAUUUUUCAACAGUCAGCCAUGCCUUCAAACAUCCAAAUACCAUCAACCAAAGCAAUCAUCUCUGCUGCAGCCUCUGUAACUGCCACAGCCAUGCUUAUUAGGUCCUUCGCCAAUGAUAUCAUCCCCCAGGAGUUCAGACACUUCUUCUUCACCAAGGUUCACCAGCUUUUCACAGCAUUCUCCAAUGAAGUCAUCUUAGCCAUCGAUGAAUACGAUGGCCUCGGCCAAAAUCUACUCUUCAAGGCUGCAGAAGUUUACUUGGGAUCCAUUCUAAGUCCGUCCACCAAAAGGCUUCGAGCCACGUUGCCUCAAAAAGAAAAGAAAAUCAACGUUUACAUGGAAAGCAAUGAAGAACUCACCCAACAAUUUAACGGCAUCCAGCUAAAAUGGAGGAUGGUUUGUAAGCAGAUUCAACCGAGAUACGUUACGAUGCCUGGUGACUACAAUUCGACAAUGAUAUCUGAACACCGGUAUUAUGAAUUAAUCUUUCACAAGAAGCAUAAGGAAAUGGUUAUUGGUGAGUACUUGCCUUAUGUUUUGGAAAGAUCCAAGGCUGUUGAAGUUGAAAAGAAGACACUGAAAUUGUUUAUGUUGGGAAAUGAUCGGAUGAUGGGACAUAGGGGUAAUCCGUGGCAAUCAGUUAAUCUUGAUCAUCCAGCCACAUUUGACACGUUGGCGAUGGAUACAGAUGAUAAAAAGACGGUUAUCAAUGAUCUUGAGAACUUUGUCCAAAGGAAAGAGCUUUAUAGGAAAGUUGGGAAGGCAUGGAAAAGAGGGUAUUUGCUGUUUGGGCCACCAGGAACAGGGAAAUCAAGUUUGAUUGCAGCCAUUGCCAAUUAUUUAAAAUUUGAUAUCUAUGACUUGGAGCUCACUGAUAUCAGGACCAACUCUGAUCUGAGAAGGUAUCUGAUUUCAACAGCUAAUCAGUCGAUACUCGUCGUGGAGGACAUUGAUUGCUCGAUUGAGCUCACGAACAACCGGCCAAAAGCAUCGAGGGCACCUGUGCACCCUCACCAAUAUGGUCAAGAAAACAGGGUUACCUUGUCUGGAUUGCUGAACUUCAUUGAUGGACUAUGGUCGAGCUGUGGGGAUGAGCGCAUCAUAGUGUUUACAACUAAUCAUAAAGAUAAGCUAGAUCCAGCAUUAUUGCGCCCUGGUCGUAUGGAUGUGCACAUUUACAUGCCGUAUUGCACCCCGUGCGGUUUCAAAUUGCUUGCUUCCAAUUACCUUGGAAUCACAGAUCAUCCACUCUUCUUGGUUGUUGAGCAGCUGAUGAAAGUUACAAAGGUGACUCCUGCAGAGGUAGGGGAGCAGUUAUUGAAGAAUGGUGAGCCUGAAACUGCACUAGAAGGCCUGAUUGAGUUCCUUGAGGAAAAAAAGAAAAAUGUCGAAUUUGAAAAUCAUAAAAGUAAUCAACAAGCACCCGAAGCUGCAGUUCCCCUUGAGCUUGAGGAAGAAGGCGGAAAUGAGGGAGAGACAAACGUAAUCAGCCUUGAAGCAAUCAAAGACCUGGUAAAGAUGAAUAAAGUGUCUCCUGAUGAAGUUCAAGUGAUCAAGAAGGAUGAGGCUGAUAUUAUUUUGAGAGGCCUGACUCAAUUGCUUCUGGAGAGAAAGGAGACUCAAGUACUGAAAAUAGACUCAGGAUCUUCUGCUGAGAAACUCUCCCUGACCUGAAUUUGAAGGGAAAGGUGGGCAUAAAUGCGGGAGCACCUGAUUAGAGGAGGAUAACAAAAUUCGCAGAUCAUGUCCCCUGGUGCGAAACCAAGCUCAUCGUGUCUCCUGGUGCUAAACUACCUUUGUUUGGAUUGCAGUUUUCUAAGAAAAUAUUUUCACGUUUUUCGCGGACACAUUUUUGAUUACUUUUUUGAUACAUACAUCAAAUUGCUAUAAUAUAUUUUUCAA